AGAUUUCCACCCUCUCUCUCUCUCUCUCUCUCUCUUUCUCUCUCGCUCACGCAGAACGCAAAACACCAAUGGGCGACGUCGUGGUCCCAGAAGCGGUGCUGAGCACGGGCGAGAGGAUGCCGCUGAUUGGGAUGGGAGCGGUGGCGAGCCCUCUGCCGCCGCUCGACGCACUGACAUCCAUAUUCCUUGAGGCAAUCGAAGUUGGGUACCGCCACUUCGACACGGCGGCAUGCUACGGCUCUGAAGAGGCGCUCGGGCAGGCCGUGGCUGAGGCCCUCGAACGUGGGCUCAUCAAGAGCCGGGGCGACAUGUUCAUUACGACCAAGCUCUGGUGCACCGACGCUCAUCCGAGUCUUGUUCUUCCAGCUCUCAAGAAGUCUCUCCAGAGGUUAGGGUUAGAGUACGUGGACCUGUAUCUAAUCCACUUCCCAUUAAGAGUGAAGGAAGAAACGGGGGUGUGGGACGAUUUCAAAGGCAAAAUGCUUCCAUUCGACAUUAAUGGGACAUGGGAGGCCAUGGAGGAGUGCGCCAAGCUGGGUUUGGCCAAGUCCAUUGGAGUCAGCAACUUUGGCACCAAGAAGCUCUCUCAACUCCUGUUGCACGCCACAAUCCCUCCUGCUGUUAACCAAGUGGAGAUGAAUGUGGGAUGGCAACAAGAGAAGCUGAGGGCGUACUGUAGAGAGAAGGGGAUCCAUGUGAGUGCGUGGUCUCCACUGGGCGCGAAUGGAGCUUCUUGGGGUUCAUUGGCGGUCAUGGAGAGUCCUGUGCUUAAGGAGAUCGCCAUCGCCAGAGGAAAGACGGUGGCUCAGAUUGCACUAAGGUGGAUAUAUGAGCAAGGGGCAAGCGUGAUAGUCAAGAGUUUCAAUAAAAAGAGAAUGAAAGAGAACCUGCAAAUCUUCGAUUGGGGACUUAGUCGAGAGGACUUGGACAAGAUCAAGCUUCAUAUCCCACAGAAAAGAGGAUUUGCUGGCGAUAGAUAUGUUUCCGAAGAUGGGCCUUACAAGUCGUUAGAUGAGUUAUGGGAUGGUGAUCCUUGAACUUGGAUCACGAGUUUAUAAUUUAUGUACGACUAUCUAGUGUAAUUCUAUAAUGAUCUCUCUUGAGAAUGAUGAUCAACUGCUACUUUCAUUCAUUCCGUGUUGCAGUAUGUCUGAAUCGAACAUUGUAUUUACGCUAU